AUCAAACGGCGCAUAUAACUGCAUGCCUUGUCUUCCACUAGUAUAUACAGUAUAAGCAGCAUGAAAUUGACCGGUAGAAUAGUCAUGAAAUCGAGCCGUAACUACGUACCGAUUGGACUUUGAGCGGUCAAAGAUUGGAUCGAGAUGGUGGACAAGAGAAGACCUCCUUCUUCCCGUGCGAGAUAUAUUAGGUCACAGAUAUAUUGUGGUCGUCCUGCUAUGAGGAUCGUUUCGCCGUAACGUGUUCGAUCGAAAUAGAAAACACGUUAAAGAAGAGAAAAAGAUGUCGUUUGAUUUGGAUUUGAAACUCCCGGGACCGGAAGCCUUGGCUGUCGCCGAGAAGGAGCUCAGAGAAACUGAGGAGAAUGUGAAAGAUGCUCUUGCCAAGUUGAGGACCUAUCUCGAGGAGGACAAGACUCUCCACUUUGGAAUGGACGAUGAGUUUCUUAUAAUUUUUCUGCGACCGUGCAAGUUCUACGCGAAGAGCGCGUACGAGUUGAUGAGGAGGGUUGCGGAAUUCAAGGAGAAGAACUCUUCUAUUUUGAAAAACCUGAUGCCAAACGACGAGGAAGAGUUAAUCACUAAGCACAACGUGGUAAACGUGAUCAAAGAGAGAGAUCACAAAGGGAGAAGGAUUCUCGUCGUUCAAUGCGGAAAAAAUUGGAAUACAUCCGCUGUCAAUAGCGACCAGAUAUUUCGAUUGUUUUAUUUGAUUCACGAGCUUGCCAUGCUGGAACCAGAAACUCAGAUAUACGGAACCAUCGUGAUACUGGACUUUGAAGGGUUGAGCAUGAAGCAAGUGAUGGCGAUCACGCCGAAUUUUUGCAUGAAGCUUUUGAAUUUCAUCCAAGAUGCCAUGCCCCUCCGUUUGAAGGAGAUACACAUAGUGAAACAAUCGCUAUUGUUCAACAUGGUAUGGCAAAUGAUCAAGCCUUUUGUAAGGGAAAAAAUGAAGAAUAGGAUAUUCUUCCACGGUAACAAGAUGUCUUCGUUUCACAAUUAUAUUCCAGCCUCGUAUUUACCGGAGAAUUAUGGCGGUGAAUUGCCGAAAAUCAAUUACACCAGCGCCGAUUGGUAUCCGGUUUUGUUAAAGUACGAGGAUAAAAUUAAACAGUGGAACACGUACGGAUUUCGACAAUAAUGAGCGAUGACAAAAUACGAGUAAAUUAACGAAAGUCGAUGAUAUUUCAACGAAUUUAAAAUUUAUUGAAAAUCUUCUGUACGAUUGUAACGAUGUUGUACAAAAUAUUUUGAAUACUUGCCGAUAACGAUUUUUCUUAUUCUACAUUUAGAACGCGUUUAUAUGUGUAUUUUGUACGAAGGAUCAUUUCUCGUAUACGAUGCGUACGUAUCGAAAAAUAAUUUUUUAAAAAAAAGAUAAUUGUGAUAAGUGUGAUUGAUUCGUGAAAUAUUUUUUCAUGCAAAAAAUGUAAGAGUUAAGAAGAAGGUUAAUCCCGGCAAAUAAAUAAAAUUCAAUUUUUUCGAAGCGAAUCAUGAUGCAGUAAAAUUGAUAAAUCUGUAAAAUAAUGAUUUCCUGUUACACUUAUUUAGCAUUUUUAAUCAUUUAUAUACAUAUGUCUACACAUGUAUUCAAGUGUAUUUCAACAAAAUAUAUUUUAAUCGAUAUUAA